AUGGCAACCAUACCUGUAUUGAUCAGACAUUCUGGAGAGUGGAAUGAAGAAAAUAGCUACGUCGAAUACAGCAUCGAUGGAGUAUUGUUGAAGGAACAUGCUUCUUUUUCUGAUUUAGUUAAUCUAAUUUCUGGUCAUUUGAAUGUUGAUAUGACUACAAAGUGUAUGAAAAUCAAAUACACCAUUGAAGGAGAUGUGUUGCAGCUUGAAUACAAUGUUGGAUCAACUGAUACAAGUGAUACAUUAUAUUUGGUUUCGUCGUUUGGUGAUAACCCAAAUAAUGUAUUUGAUGGUGGCAACGACUUGAUCAUUACUAACAGAUAUCAGAAGGAAAUAAUGGAGGAUCAAGUAUACGUGGACAAGUCGACACUGAAGUCUGUGAUGGAAAAUUAUACUCUGGUAUGCCAUAAUAAAGAAUGCAAAUGGGUAAUGAAGGCAUCAAGUAUAAACAAGUCGAAAAUGUUCAGAAUUAGAGUUUUCAACUCUGAGCAUACUUGUCCUUUGAAAGAUAGGGUGCACUCGCAAGUAAAAGCAUCAAGUGGAUUUAUUGGAGGCAUUAUCGCUCCUAAAUUGAAAAAUCAUAAGAGGAAAUACACUCCCAAUGAUAUCGCGGUUGACAUGAAAUUGGAUUUGGGUGUUGAUAUUAACUACCAGAUGGCAUGGCGAGCAAAAGAAAAGGCAUUGGAUUCCAUAAUGGGGCAACCCGCUGCCUCAUACAAAAAGUUGCCUGGAUAUUUGUAUACAUUGGAUAAAACAUAUCCUGGUUCACAUAUUCGAAUGAAGAAAACUCCUGAAAACGAAUUUUUGUAUUUGUUUAUAUCAUUACAUGCUUUUAUAAAGGGAUUUGACUAUUGUAGGCCAAUCGUUGUUGUAGACGCCUGCCACCUAAAAUCAGCAUACACAGGUGCUUUCGUUUCAGCCAGCACUUUAGAUGGAGCAGGAAAUAUAUUACCUUUGGCCUACGGAGUUAUCGAUUCUGAAAAUGAUGCUUCUUGGACGCGGUUUUUUGAACAGUUCAAAGAAGCAUAUGGAGAACGAGAGAAUAUGUGUGUAGUAUCUGACAGGCAUGAAAGCAUUAUAAAGGCUGUUUCUAGAGUAUACACUAAUAUGCAGCAUUACGCCUGUAUAUGGCACUUGUGGGCCAAUGUAUGCAAGAAUUUUAGAAAAUCAAAUGAGCAAUUAAGUGAGAUAUUCUAUGCUAUGGCGAAGGCAUAUACGCAGAAUGAGUUUGAUAGGCUAAUGAAUAAGGUUGAGCAAGUUGAUAUUAGGGUGAAGAAUUACUUGGAGUUUGCGGGAUAUGAGAAGUGGGCAAGAUUGUAUGCACCAGUUCAUCGUGGUUGGAUGAUGACAUCAAACAUUGCAGAGUCUAUUAAUUCAACUCUGGUAGCAGCAAGAGAAUUACCGAUAUUUGACUUUCUUGAACAAGUGAGGUUAAUGUUCGCUAGAUGGAAUUGCAAAAAUCGAGAAAAUGCAUCCUUCACAUUCACUCCUCUUGGUAAAAAAUUUCAAGAGAUGCUUGUACUUAAUACGGAUAAAUCUAUACGUAUGAUGGUUGUCCCAUCAACUGACUACAUUUAUUCGGUGAGUGACGAAGGAAAAAAUGCAUACUGUUCAGACUUUUACAAGCCAAAAACAGUGUUGAAGACAUAUGAGGUGCCUGUGUAUCCUCUUCCUGAUGUAACUGAAUGGAAUGUACCUGAACAUAUUGUUGAAGAAAUCGUGUUGCCACCGAGAUACAAGAGACCUCCAGGCAGGCCAAAGAAGCAACGGGAUAAAUCAUUCAGCGAGUUGAGUAAAAGAAAGGGUACCAAUUCUUGUAGUAGGUGUGGAAAUCGUGGUCACAAUAAGCGUUCAUGUAGAGCUGCACCACGUAAUGUGUAG